AUGGAGCCCUCCGGGCCUUUCCGCGAGCGGGCCGAGGGCCCCGCGCCGGGCCCGCCGCCUCUGCUGCCCCUGCUGCCGCUGCCCCGGGGGCUCCUGCCCGCCUCGCCCUCGCCUCCGCCCCGGCCGGGCAGCCAGCUGAGCCUGACGGAGCGGGCGGGGGCCGGGGGCGGCGGGCACUCCCCGGGGUCGGCGGGCACCGGCCCCCGGCCCCGCCAGCCCAGCCCCCUGGCCCACCGGAGGGACAGCAACCCCUUCACGGAGAUCGCCAUGAGCUCGUGUAAGUACAGCGGCGGGGGCAUGAAGCCCCUCACCCGGCUCAGCGCUUCGCGCAGGAACCUGGUGGAGGGGGCGGCGACCACCGACGAGGACGGGCCCCGAGGAGGAGGAGGAGGAGGAGGAGCAGGAGGAGCAGGAGGAGGAGCGGGGGGGCCGCCCCCUCCGGAGAUCGUCAUCUCCCCCCGCCCGACCCUGCUGCUGCCCCCCGCCGCCUCCUCCUCCUCCACGCCGCCCUCCGGCCUGCAGAACCAUCACCCGUCCCCCCCCCCGGCCGGGGGACCCCCGCCCAAGGCCCCCAAGCGCAAGCACCAGAACAUCGGGUACCGGCUGGGCCAUCGGCGGGCGCUCUUCGAGAAGAGGAAGCGGCUGAGCGAUUACGCACUCAUCUUCGGCAUGUUCGGCAUCGUCGUCAUGGUGAUCGAGACCGAGCUGUCCUGGGGGCUCUACUCCAAGGAAUCUAUGUUCUCCCUGGCGCUAAAAUGUCUCAUUAGCCUGUCUACUGCCAUCCUCCUGGGGCUCAUUGUGGCCUACCAUACGCGGGAGAUCCAGCUGUUCGUGAUCGACAACGGGGCCGACGACUGGCGGAUCGCCAUGACGUACGAGCGCAUCCUGUUCAUCGGGCUGGAGAUGCUGGUGUGCGCCAUCCACCCGGUCCCGGGCGAGUACAAGUUCUUCUGGACGGCCCGGCUGGCCUUCUCCUACACCCCGUCGCGGACCGAGGCCGACGUGGACGUCAUCCUGUCGGUGCCCAUGUUCCUCCGCCUCUACCUGAUCGCGCGGGUCAUGCUGCUGCACAGCAAGCUCUUCACCGACGCCUCCUCCCGCAGCAUCGGGGCCCUCAACAAGAUCAACUUCAACACCCGCUUCGUCAUGAAGACCCUCAUGACCAUCUGCCCGGGCACCGUGCUGCUCGUCUUCAGCAUCUCCCUCUGGAUCAUCGCCGCCUGGACCGUCCGGGUGUGCGAAAGGUACCACGAUCAGCAGGACGUGACCAGCAACUUCCUGGGAGCCAUGUGGCUCAUCUCCAUCACCUUCCUCUCCAUCGGCUACGGCGACAUGGUCCCCCACACGUACUGCGGCAAGGGCGUGUGCCUCCUCACGGGCAUCAUGGGGGCCGGCUGCACCGCCCUGGUCGUGGCCGUGGUGGCCCGGAAGCUGGAACUGACCAAAGCCGAGAAGCACGUCCACAACUUCAUGAUGGACACGCAGCUGACCAAGCGGAUCAAGAACGCGGCCGCCAACGUCCUGCGUGAGACCUGGCUCAUCUAUAAGCACACCAAGCUGCUCAAGAAAAUCCACCACGCUAAAGUCCGCAAACACCAGAGGAAGUUCCUGCAGGCCAUCCACCAGUUACGCAGCGUCAAGAUGGAGCAGAGGAAGCUGAGCGACCAGGCCAACACGUUGGUGGAUCUGUCCAAGAUGCAGAACGUGAUGUUCGACCUGAUCACGGAGCUGAACGAGCGCAGCGAGGACCUGGAGAAGCAGGUGGCCGGGCUGGAGUCGAAGCUGGAGCAGCUGGCCGCCGGCUUCCACGCCCUCCCCCUCCUCAUCGCCGACGCCCUGCGCCAGCAGCAGCAGCAGCUUCUGGCCGCCGUGGCCGAGGCCCGGGCCGCGGGCCCCCGACCCCCGGGCCCGGCCCGGGCCCCCCGGCCCGCCGACGGCCCCGGGACCUGCUGA